AUAAUUUUCAUAACUUUGGCUUUCACACAUUCAAUUCAAUUCAAUUCGCGCUAAUAAUUAAUUGAAACCUGCUCUUAUUCUCAUCUUUCCAGCCGCGUAAUCAAAUCUCCGGCCGAAAUCGAAAUCCUGCGCUAUGUGGCACGCGUUUCAUCAGACGCGCACAAAGCCGUAAUGAAGAUUAUGAAACCGGGCAUGCACGAGUACCAGGCUGAGGCCGAAUUUCUGCACCACUCGUACGCCGUCGGGGGUUGUCGGCACGUGUCGUACACGUGCAUCUGUGGUGCCGGUACCAACUCCGCCAUCCUGCACUACGGCCAUGCUGGGUCGCCGAACGACUGUGCCGUGCGGGACGGUGACAUGUGUCUGUUCGACAUGGGCGCCAACUACGGUGGUUACGCAGCGGACAUUACGUGCAGCUUCCCAGCGAACGGAAAGUUCACCGAAGACCAGAAGAUUGUGUACAAUGCUGUGCUCGCUGCCCGGGAUGCCGUGUGUGGCGCUGCCCGCGAAGGGGUAUCUUGGGUGGACAUGCAUCUGCUCGCCAACCGCGUAAUGCUGGAGGAGCUGCGCAAAGGCCAACUGUUGCAGGGCAAUGUGGACGAGAUGAUGGAGGCCGGCUUGAAUGCCAUCUUUCAACCGCAUGGACUCGGACACUUCCUGGGACUGGAUGUGCACGACGUCGGUGGCUAUCUGCCCGGCUGUCCGGAACGAUCUUCCAGGGCCGGGGUUAAUCGGCUGCGCACGGCCCGCACGUUAAAGGCGGGCAUGUAUUUGACCAUCGAGCCCGGUUGCUACUUUAUCGAGCCGCUGCUGAACAAGGCGUACUCAGAUCCUAGUCUCAGCAAGUUUUUGGUGAAGGAAAAUCUGAACCGCUUCCGCAACUUUGGUGGUGUCCGUAUCGAGGAUGAUGUGCUGAUCACCAAGACCGGCAUCGAAAACUUCACUUUCGUCCCGAGAACUGUGGAAGAAAUCGAAGCCUGGAUGGCGGCCAAGUAAAACAAAACGCUCCAACAAAAUACGGUGGAUGCAAUUGAGGUGCUUCACACUUAUCCGCAUGUUAUCCAUUAAUGGCAAGCGACAUGGCGACUGGCCUUUUUAUUCGUUUCAAUUUGAUACUUCCUUUGUAUUUUGAAAAAUAUAAUUGAAUAAAGCAAGCUUCGUAUGCAAACAGAAA